ACGUCAUCUUUUCUUCUCCUUUGUUUUGCCGCGUAUUUGUUUGAAAAUAUUUUUGUGAAUAAAUUUUCAAAUCUUCUUUAUAUAUAUAUCUCCAGGUUAACUAAAACGUAAGAAGUACAUGCGGUUUAAAUUGUUCCCAAAUGCAAUUGGAAUCCAACGAUUUACGAGCAGCCAAACGAAUACUUGCCAAACUAGUCGAUGACGCACUGCUGGAGUACGAGCGUAAUUUGGCUGAUUUAGAUGAAGAUUCAGAUUUGGAAGCACUACUGAAUCACCUAUUCCUGCAACUCAAAUCACUUUUGGGAGAUAUUCUUGUUGAAGCUUUGAGCAUUUUGGACGAGCAAAGUAUUCAAAUAUAUACAUAUGAAAAUAGUGAGCUUGCGGAAAUACAAAUAAGGCGUCAGCAGUGCAAGAGCUCAAUUUGGUUGUUUCCACGCGUCAACUACUGUACUUGUACUCAAUUCAAAGUGGGUGUGUUGGGAUUAGCAGACGAAUUGCAAACAGCGAGCCAAACUUCUCACAGUGAAAAAUUAGAAAGAAGAAUUACUUGUGCACACGUUUUGGCAUUGCGUCUGGCACAGUUGUUGCACCCAUCUCCUUCAACUUUCAAAGUGGAGUCAGUGUCUGAGCAACAAUUUAAGAGUCUACAAGAACGAAUGCAUAUCAGUUUUAUAGAGAUACACGCAGAAGAUAGCACGGAUUGACAAUAAUCGAAUGCAACAUUCAAAAACUCUUUAUGAGAAAGGCAUCUUAAAGAAUAUAAGGAUGUUAACACAACGGCAGUACUCGAAUUUUAAAUUCGUGGCACGUUUGGAUCAUAUCAAGACUUUCUAUACAGGCAUUAAAUCAUUGAAUUUUGAAAAUAAUGGAAAAUUCCAAAUUAGUGAAGACGGCGUACGUGUCACAGUAGAAGAAGGCCAAUGUGUGCAAGCCAAUUUGUAUAUGACCGCUUCAUGCUUUGCUGAAUUUCACGUUGUAGAUAUGGUGACUUUUGGCAUAAACAUGAAUAUCAUAUCCGAGUGUUUGGGUCUCUUUGCUGGCGUUCCUUGCAGCUUAAAAAUGUUCUACAAAGGUCAUGGAGCACCACUUGUGCUAGUGCUGCGACCCAACGACGAAGCUGAUAUUUCUGCAGAAUGCUCCAUCAAAACAACCAACGUUGAUGAUGUAAUCGAUUACAAUCUUGACGAGAACAGUUCUAGUUUGAAUGUCGUCUUUGUGAGGGGCCCGUCGUUAGCGCAUCUCUUUCAAGAGUUAAAUAAAGCAGCAGACGAGUUGAGAAUUACUUUAUCGCCACGACAACCACAUUUUAAAAUCGAAACAUUAGGUGUGGUGAAAACCGAGACGUUUGUUGAAGUAGCCAAAACUAGUGAUAUGAUGAUGUUAUUCAAUUGUCGGGAGACUACAUCGGCAUGUUAUCGUAAUACUGAGAUACGUCUGACUCAUAAAGCUUUGGCGGCCGCCACUAAGGUAGCAAUAAAAACAGACUCAAGCGGUUUAUUGGAAAUGCAUUUCAUGAUGCAAUCCGAAGAACAGGCGGAGGUGUAUGUACAGUUUUAUAUAAUGCCACUAGCAGAUGUUUGAGUUCCUUCGCGCUGCUUCUUUAAGGUAUCCAAUGUAGUGAAGUAAAUGUUUUUGUUUAAAACCGUUCUAGGUUAAAGCUAUUACUCAUGCAAAUAUUUGUUAAUUAUAUUUGUACUAAUUUAAUUUUAACUCUAUUCAUUUUUUUUUUUAAUUCUUACGAUGGAGUAUAGAACAUUCCAGAAAGUUUUUGAAAAUAGCAGGUUAAUUAAAAAUGUUACGAAGGUUUUUAGUAAUUUUUCCCGAAUAAUGCUGGAUUUUCACUCGGUAUUAAAUGGAAAAAAUGGCAAAUGACAAAGUCGGGCGUUAAAAAAAUCGUGUCAUUACAUUAAAGAAAUGGUCAUUAAGUUCAUUUCCACAUGGCAUUUUUUAAAAGGCAUACACUUUUUGUCAUUUUAAUGGCUAGUGGAAAUUCGGCAUAAACCACGAUUACACAUUCAAGCUUUAAAAGAUAAUCUUUUUUAAAACUUCGCAUGUUAUACAAACUCAUUUGCUACCUGUUAUUAUUAUAACGAGCGUAAAUCACGUUUAAAGAGUUGCUUUUACC